AUGGUCAAGACACUGCCUUUUGCUGACAUUCAGGUCCCAUCCCCGGGCUUCGGUGCCAUGGGUAUCAGCUUCGGUCUGGGAAGCAACUUGACCCUCGAGGAAGCCGAGCCUGUUCUCCUGAAAGCCAUCGAACUUGGAUGCACCUUCUGGGACACUGCUGUCGUUUACCAGGCCGGAGUCAACGAGAAGCUUCUGGGAGACUUCAUCAGAAAACACAACGUUCGCGACAAGGUCUUCCUUGCCUCAAAGUGCGGUUUCGAUGUGUUUGGAAGCGGUGGUGUCACAAACUCCGCGUCUCACAUCAAGGAGUACAUUGAGGGCACCAUCGAAAGACUCGGAUUUACUCCCGACCUCUACUACCUUCACCGUAUUGACCCUAAGACACCGCUCGAAGAAUCGAUUCCGGCUCUCGAUGAGAUUCGCAAAGCCGGCAAGACCAAGUACAUCGGUCUCUCUGAGUGUUCUGCCGCCACGCUGCGCAAGGCCAACUCAAUUGCCAAGAUCGACGCUGUUCAGGCAGAGUACUCCGCUUUCGAGACUCUCCACGAGACCGACGGACUCAUCGACACCGCCAAGGAGUUGGGGGUGGCGUACGUAGCCUACAGCCCUCUGGGUCACGGCUGGCUCGUGGAUGACUUCCAGUACAAGAGUCCUGAUGACUUUGCCCCCAACGACUUCCGCCGAAGUGUACCCAAGUUCCAGGGAGAGAACUUCUACAAGAACAAGGCCAUCGUCGACGAGAUCAAGAAGCUUGCGGAGAAGAAGGGCUGCACUCUGCCCCAGAUUGCGCUGGCCUGGGUCGCUGCUCAGGGCAUGAUUGCUAUCCCAGGAACCACCAAGGCCAAGAGACUAGAGGAGAACUGGGCUUCCCGAGACAUUGAGUUGACCGAAGAAGAGAAAAAGGAAAUGAGGAGAAUUAUCGAUGCUGCGAAGCCUCACGGGAAUAGAUAUGCCCCUGCUCAGCAAGCAAUGGUUGGACACUAG